AUGGAAAUGUCAACAAAAUAUAAAGUUCUCACCCUGGAAAAUCUACUUUGUUCAUUUUUAUGCACCAACACCAACACCACCAACGCCACCAACACAACCAACACCACCAACACAACCAGCACCAACACCACCAACGCCACAAACACAACCAACACCACCAACACAACCAGCACCAACACCACCAACACAACCAGCACCAACACCAACACCACCAACGCCACCAACACAACCAACACCACCAACACAACCAGCACCAACACCACCAACGCCACAAACACAACCAACACCACCAACACAACCAGCACCAACACCACCAACACAACCAGCACCAACACCAACACCACCAACGCCACAAACACAACCAAUACCACCAACACAACCAAUACCACCAACACCACCAACGCCACCAACACAACCAACACAACCAACACCACCAACACCACCAACGCCACCAACACAACCAACACAACCAACACCACCAACACAACCAGCACCAACACCACCAACGCCACAAACACAACCAACACCACCAACACAACCAGCACCAACACCACCAACACAACCAACACAACCAGCACCAACACCACCAACACAACCAGCACCAACACCACCAACGCCACAAACACAACCAACACCACCAACACAACCAGCACCAACACCACCAACACAACCAGCACCAACACCAACACCACCAACGCCACCAACACAACCAACACCACCAACACAACCAGCACCAACACCACCAACGCCACAAACACAACCAACACCACCAACACAACCAGCACCAACACCACCAACACAACCAGCACCAACACCAACACCACCAACGCCACAAACACAACCAAUACCACCAACACAACCAAUACCACCAACACCACCAACGCCACCAACACAACCAACACAACCAACACCACCAACACCACCAACGCCACCAACACAACCAACACAACCAACACCACCAACACAACCAGCACCAACACCACCAACGCCACAAACACAACCAACACCACCAACACAACCAGCACCAACACCACCAACACAACCAACACAACCAGCACCAACACCACCAACACAACCAGCACCAACACCAACACCACCAAAGCCACAAACACAACCAACACCACCAACACAACCAGCACCAACACCACCAACACAACCAGCACCAACACCAACACCACCAACGCCACAAACACAACCAACACCACCAACACAACCAGCACCAACACCACCAACACAACCAGCACCAACACCAACACCACCAACGCCACAAACACAACCAACACCACCAACACAACCAGCACCAACACAACCAGCACCAACACCAACACCACCAACACAACCAACACAACCAGCACCAACACCCCCAACACAACCAGCACCAACACCAAUGCUACCAACACCACCAUCACCAUCACCAAAACCACCAUCAUCAUCAACUCCACGAACAUCACCAACACAACCAUGGGCUAG